AGCUGCGGUGACAUCAUCAGUGAUGUACCGGUGUCCUCGGAGCUGAGAGAAGAUACCAGACCCUCGGCCGGCUGUCAUCCGACAACCAAACACAGACAUGUCUGACUUCACAGAGGACCAGAUCAUGGAGUUCAAGGAGGCCUUCCUUUUGUUUGACCGGACGGGUGAGGGGAAGAUCACCUACAGCCAGUGUGGGGAUGUCAUGCGGGCCCUUGGACAGAACCCUGUCAAUGCUGAGGUGCUCAAGGUCUUGGGAAACCCCAAGUUAGAAGAGAUGAACCACAAGAUGUUGGAUUUUGAGCAGUUCCUGCCCAUGCUUCAGGCCAUUGCUAAGAACAAGGACCAGGGCUCAUUUGAGGAUAUCGUAGAGGGUCUGCGUGUCUUUGACAAAGAGGGCAAUGGUACAGUGAUGGGAGCAGAGCUACGUCAUGUUCUCACUACACUAGGCGAGAAAAUGACAGAGGAGGAGGUGGAGACCCUUUUAGCGGGGCAUGAAGACGCCAAUGGCUGCAUUAACUAUGAAGAACUCGUCCGGAUGGUGAUGAGCGGUUGAAGAUCUCAGAAACACACUUCCAGCUUUAAUUUGAUUUCCUAAAUAUUUUUGUAUUGUUUGUCUCAUCCUGCCCCUCCAUCCGUGUCAUCCUACCUCUAACAAGUCUGUGUUUUCUUUUUCUUUAUUUUAUUUCAAAAGUGCCUUUUCUGUCUAAUGUGAAGAAACCUUUUCAUCUCAUUUUCCAAACAUUAUUCAGCCUCACAGGUACAAUUGGCCGUAACGUUCCCCUGAUGAUUUCACCGGUUCCAUCUUUGUCAGUCAGCCCGUCAGUCUUGUUGUCAACAGCUUUUUUUCAUUUGGAUGGAUAUGAUGAGAUUCAUGUGACAUGUUACAUUUAACAGUAUUGAAUAAAAAGUUUGUGUCCAA